AGAGAGGGAAGGCCUAUCGGUAAUGUAAACAAAGCCUGGGGGUGGGAGACAGAGAGACUACAUCAACACCAACAUUUCAGUCCUUUGCCCAGUAGAGCUGUGAUGCUGGUCAUUAGGAGACUAUCAGGGGCCGUCUGAUAAACUUAGAUCAUUGGAAAGUUUCAGCUUCUUUUUGAGUUUUUAUUUUUUUUUUGUAUUUGCAAAGUUUCUGUGAGCUGAUUAAGGAUGGAAUAUGAUUUGGUUUAACGUUGACCAUGAGGCACAAAGUCUUCCCUGGACUUUCAAAGGAAGGAACGAAAGCAUCAGAAAGAGUUCCGCAUAGCAGAAGGAGCUAGAAAAAUUAGCACUUAGAGCUUAUCAGUAAAGGGUGUAGCUGACAGCUGACCAUGAGUGAGCUGUGCUCUGAGAGCUCUGAAGAGGAGCAGGCUGAAGGCGAUGAGAUGCCAUGGAAACAGGGGCAGGCCCGGCUGCCAAUCAUUCAGCUCCUCCCGAGGUCCAAAACCUGUUCGACUGCAGGAUCCCCAAAGGGGUCGCCCAAAGACUCCCCACGUGGGUCUCCUCGAAACUCGCCGCUGCUCUUCAGGAAACUGCUGAUGAACCGCAGCAUCAACCUGCAGAGACGACGCUUCACUCUGGCCCACACGCCCAGCUUUGAUGUGGAGAAUGGGUUAUCAGUGGGGCGCAGCCCCCUGGACGCCCAGGGCAGCUCCGGUUCUGGUCUGGUCCUGCAGGCCAACUAUCCACACAGCCAGAGGCGGGAAUCCUUUCUCUACCGCUCUGACUCGGACUUUGACCUUUCACCCAAAGGUCCCUCCAGGAAUCCAUCCUCAGCCAGCGAUCUGGAAGAAAGCUUGAAGCACUGGGAGGUCAACUGGUUGUCAUCUCGACACUCGGAAGACAUGAUCGUCACACCUUUUGCACAGCCAGACAUCCUGCUGGUGUUGCCUGACUCUUGCGAGGGACGUGCGUCACGCUUGUGCUCGGUUUACCCUCUGACAGGAGAGGUGAAUCGAAUACUGCUGGCUAGUGCUGUUUCAGAUUUACAUGUCGGCCUGGGCGAGGCCUGGAAACGCGACCCUCUGCAGGCCCUUCUCUGCACGCUGAAGGAGCCUCACCAGCAGUUGGCCAUAGAGACUCUAGAUGAGCUGGAUUGGUGUCUGGAACAACUAGAGACGCUGAAAACGCGACACUCUGUCAGCGAGAUGGCUUCAAACAAGUUCAAGAGGAUGCUGAACCGAGAGCUCAGCCAGCUGUCAGAGACCAGCCGCUCAGGGAACCAGGUGUCCGAGUUCAUCUCCAGCACCUUUCUGGGUAAAAAAUGGCUUCGCGUCAAUGACGGUUGUUUUAUGUCCCGUUCAGACUCCGAGCUGGCCCUGAUGUACAAUGACUUGUCUGUCCUGGAGAAUCAUCACUUGGCUGUGGGUUUUAAGCUUCUGCAGGAGGACAACUGCGACAUCUUCCAGAACCUGAGCAAAAAACAGAGACAGUCUCUGCGCAAAAUGGUCAUUGACAUGGUGCUGGCCACUGACAUGUCUAAACACAUGAACCUCUUAGCAGAUUUGAAAACUAUGGUGGAGACAAAGAAAGUAACCAGUCUGGGUGUCCUACUAUUAGACAACUACUCGGAUCGCAUACAGGUUCUUCAGAACAUGGUGCACUGUGCAGACCUAAGCAACCCUACCAAACCUCUUGAACUGUACCGUAAGUGGACUGAUCGCAUCAUGGUGGAGUUUUUCACUCAGGGGGACAGAGAGAGAGACAAAGGAAUGGAGAUAAGCCCCAUGUGCGACAAACACAAUGCCUCCAUAGAGAAGAAUCAGGUUGGUUUCAUCGACUACAUCGUUCAUCCUCUCUGGGAGACGUGGGCUGACCUGGUGCAUCCUGAUGCUCAGGAGAUCUUGGACACAUUGGAGGACAACAGAGAAUGGUAUCAGAGCAUGAUCCCUCGAAGCCCCUCACCCAGCCCAGAUGGGCAGGAAGAGAGCGGCUCUCUGGAGGAAGCUUCCGCAACCGGCUGCGGCCCAGGCUCCACCACAGCUGAGAAGUUCCAGUUCGUUCUGACCUUGGAGGAAGAAGGCGAGUCUGACACAGAGAGCUUGCCUGAAGAAGAGAGGGGCCGAAAACAUGGCGCCGCAUUUGAAUCAGGAUCCGUCUCAACACGACGGCUCAACAAAAUCCUCACCAGUGACUCGGGCAGGACAUUUUCUUUGGACUCUGAGAAGGAUAUGGCAGAAGACAGAGAAACAGACCAAGAAGGCCUCUCUGAGGUCCCGCGUUUCAGACUCGGCACAUAGCACCACCCACAGAGGUGUCCCUCUAGUUCUUCUUUAUUUCAUACAAAUCAAUGUCAGUUCCUUGGCCUCUGUCACUGUUCUUCCCUCACUUUAAAUUGGACGCCAUCUUUUUCUGGGUUCCCUCAAACGGGAAGACAGUAAGGCUCAAGGUUGUGGGGAGCAUAACGAGGGUGUGCAGCUCUACACCGUGGUCACUUGCACUGAAAAAAAAAGCAAUAGAUCUGAACACCGUUCCAUGAAGGACAUAGAACAACUUUCCUACCUGUCAGUUGUGUUCUCUGUUUUCAUUAACGAAGACAAGUAGAAAAAAAAAAACACAUCCUAGCAGCGACUCAAAGCUCUACGAAGACUAAAGACAGAGAAGUCUUUUGAAAAUUCGUAAUGGAACUGAAAAACUGAAGGAUCAUUUUUGAAAAGGUCUAUUCAGACUUCUUGCCAUGCAGGCUGUGAGGACAAUGCCAUUACUGUGGCGUUUUACCCAGAAUGUUGUCGUGUUUCUUAUCCUUAUUUAUACACCUGUUAGAGAUUCGGUCCAAACAGAAGACAGAAGAAUGACGUUAUUGGAGUAAAAGGACAUGGAGGAAGACGAACAUGUGGAAAACUAAACGUAGCAAAUGUUUGGACUGAUUAAUUUACUGUAACCAUACUGGCACACCAAUGCUUGUUUUUGCUUGUGAUGCACACUGCUGUCUUGUUUUGUUUAUCAGACAGGUAGGAUCUUUAUUAUGUUUUUAAUUUCUAUUUUAUAGCCCUAAACUAGGACUUUUUUUUAUUUUAUCCAAAGACUAACAAAGCUACAGUAGUAGCCAUUCAAAAUGGCCACUCCCUGUCAAAGGGCAGCCGAACUGCAGCAAAACCCACUCCAACUUUCAGCCACUGACUCCACUGAAUUACAGGGUCUGACUAGGAGAUGAUGCUUCUCUUCAGAUCUUAAUCUCCACAAAUCAUGACAGAAAGAAUAUUUUAGAUGUUAAAAAAAGGAAAUAGGGGACUAGCCAAGGUACAGCCAAGGGCCCAUCAAGGAAAGUUGUCUGUUAAGGCGUUAUAUCCAAGGACGUUUAGGAAAAGCAGGUGCUGCCUCCUAGUGUCUGAACAUGGAAACUAUUGGGUCUGAACCAAAGUUUUGCUUUAAAAAUGUUAUCAGUUUUUUUUUCUUUUUUUAGUAAGUUUUCAAGUUUUUAUUCCUUUGAAAAUAGAAAUUUACAUUCUAGAAGUUUGGCUAAAAUGUGUGUCUCUUGUCCCAUUUGCGGAGUUUUAUUUUUAUACACUAACAAGCACUGAUAGUCAUUUUUAAGGGCUUAAGCCAAAACAGGAACACGCUGAUGGCAAUCAGCAAAAAAUGUCAAACUCUUAGCUCUGCAUUCAAGUUUUCUUUAGUCAUCUGUUUUAUU